AUGGCUGCCGAGAACGUCGAAACGAACAACGAGCGCAAGAUCAAGCUCGUUUCUGCUGAUAACGAGACGUUUGAAGUACUUCUUAUCACUUUUUUUUCUUUUAGUCAAAAUACGCUAUUGAUAAGGCUAUGAUAAGAAAACGGUUUUCUAGGUACCUCGUGAUGUGAUCCGUCUCUCGAACACCAUCAACACGCUGCUCCAAGAUCUGGGCCUUGAUGACACCGAAAGUUCUGCUAACGACCCGAUUCCGGUCUCUAACGUCACUUCGCCGAUUUUUGAAGAAGGUAUGAGUAGUUUUUUUGUAUAAUCGAGAAGAUUUUAAAGCAAAAUAUAUGUGAAGGUUAAUUUAGUCAUUCAGCAGUCAAUCAAUUGAUAAAGCUUGAAAAUUUCGAAAAACGAGAUUUUCCUUAGGAAGGAAGUUUUGAAUUUUAAUGAAAAAAUUGACCGCCACGCUUCAUGAGUACGAACUAAACAGCAAAAAUAAAAGAAUUUUUUGGAGACGAAAGAUUUUUCGUUUUCCAGAACCUUGCAAAUCUAAUUUUUAGGUCAUCAUGUGGCUCACUCACCAUCGCGAAGACGGAGUACCAACUGAAGAAAACGACAGCCGGGAAAGACGUGCCGACGACAUCGCUAGCUGGGACGUCGAUUUCCUGAAAGUCGACCAAGGAACUCUUUUCGAACUGAUUCUGGUGAGUAUUUGGAUUCGAUAACAUCUCAUUUUUAGACUAAAGCUCAAUAUUAAGAUUAGGACUCCGAUUCAGAUUCGUUCUAUUUAACAGCUAGAUUAUGACGAGUUCCCAUAUAAGACGCAAAUCUCUUCUUAUCGGCUUAUAGGAUAAAUCUGAAAGAUUUCGCCAAGAAAUGGGUGUUUUUUGAAGAUUAGCCUUUCUAAUAUUAGCAAAAUUUUUCUAGAUCAAAUUCUAACAGCUUCAUGGAAAUGUUAUCAGUUUCGCCGUUUUGAAAUCAACUUUUUCUUGAGUUUGAUGGCACCUAAAAGCUCUCAGUUUUUGAAGGCUGAAUUCAAUACGAUAUUUUCCAGGCUGCAAACUACCUCGACAUCAAGGGACUUCUGGACGUCACCUGCAAGACCGUCGCUAACAUGAUCAAGGGCAAAUCGCCGGAAGAGAUUCGACGAAUCUUCAACAUCAAGAACGACUUCACGCCUGAGGAAGAGGAGCAGAUCCGCAGGGAGAACGCUUGGUGCGAGGAUUAAUCUGAUGAAAAUGUAUUUUUAUACUCCACGUUCUGAUCUUUCAUCUUUCCUUAAAUUUGUUUCAUGAAGCUCUCUGUAUUUGUCAUCGAAAAAAAAUGUUCUCAGAAAUACAUUGUUUAUAUCUUUGUACAUUGGCUGUCAAAAAAUUGUGAAUAAACUUGUCGAAGACAUAUAUGUUUGAAUUUACGGAAAAAAAAUGAGAGUAAAAGUUUUAUUUGAAAGUUCUUUCUGAAAUAAGUUCAAAAUCUUUCAUAAAACAGGACAAAAUAGAAUAUAAGUUUGCUGAAUCAUGUAUUAUUAAAGCAGAAAAGAGUAUUAAAGAGCUUUGUUAUAAAAAAAGUCCAAUCAGGGCUGAAUUUUUAAAGUUUUUUUAUGUACUUUUCGUUCUCACAAGAAGGUGAAUGGGAUAAAUAAACGUACAACUUCAAAACGAAACAUGCGAAAUUGGAGUAAAUGAUAAAAACAAAAUAGGAGAAAAUUUGUGCAAGUAAAUUUUAGGAGAAAAGAAAAAGAAACAAUAGCGAAUUUGGACCAUCGAGGAUCGAGAUGACCGCGACGCAAACCGUUUUUGCAUAACUUGUCAUUGUUUAUUUCGACGAGAAUUGCUCAUAUUUGCCUCAUGUUUGACCUCGGGCAGCUAUUCUCGUUUUUUUCUUUUUUUGCUUCAAUUUUUUUAAAUUAUUGUUUUUUUCCUAGUAGUAUCGCCCGAUCUCACAUAAAAAAAGCCAUAAAAAAAAUUUUUACUUCAUCCUGAACAGUUUAGUAAUGAUUUAAGGCCCUUUUAAAAACCUUUUUGGGAAAUUAGGUUUUUUUGAAGACUUCAUUCUAGCAUUUUAUUUAGCUCGUACUUCAGGAUAAUUUUUUUCUUUUUUUCAUCAAAAAUAUUUGUCUACGAAGAAUCGUUACAUAUCAAACAUAAAAAAAUGAUUUAAAUGUCUUAUUGUCCCAAAAUUUGUUUAACGAUCUUUUCAUAAAUGUAAAUGUGGCUUAUCAAAAAUAAAAUAAUCUUUUGAAAAAAGAUACGUAGAAAAAAAUCUAUCAGAAAUAGCGGAAAAGUGCGCCCCAUUGAAAAUCAUCAUUUUAUGACGUGAAGACUGAAAAUGUUAAACGAUGAAGAAAAAGAAUGAAAACGCGACGCGACCGCGCCGCACCUCCCCUUUUGAGACAGCUUAUAAGUCACGGUUUUUGUCCGGCAGACCAUUCUUCCGCUUCUUGUUUCAGUUUUCUUUUUUAGGCUUCUUUUCCAUUUUUUUCUUGUUAAACUGAAUAAAGUUUACACUAAAAGUGAAUACUCUCAAUUCGAGGCUUUGGCCUGCGCCCUGAUGAGGGACAAGAUUUAAUCUAGAGCCAGGUCAUGAGCUCCAUCUCAACAUCCGCUGUAUUUUGAGCUCGUCGACACGCCAUCGGAAGAGCGGGGCGAAUGACCGUAAGAUCAUCCGUCCAACUUUUUCGGUGAAGGCGGUGUUUGUUAUAGCUCAAAAGUUCUUUUUCUUACGCCCAACCCAAUGAAUCCAUCUAUAAAAAUACAAUAUUAGUUAUUGAUUGAUGGGAUGCAUGCCGUUGUUUCAAGCGAGCGAAGACUGUUUUCUAAGAAAAAGCCGUUAUUUCCAUGCAAUGCAACUGGUCUCAUCAUGCUUCUCUCUCAAAUUUGUUAAAAUCUGAUUUUAUCGUAAAAGUUACUCACCAAAUGCGAAAUUAUUUCGGAAAACGAAACUUCGAGAAAAAAUCGAAAAACAACAGUUAAUGCGCUCCAUUGAAAAUCAUCACUUUUAUGACGUAAAGACUAAAAAAUCGAAUGGUAAACAAAAAAAAAACGCGACGCGACCGCGCUGCACCUCCUCUUUUUUGGUAGCAUAUGAGUCAUGCUUUUUAUAAGCCUGAUCAUUUUUUCGAUCUUUGUUGUUCUUAUUUUUUUCUCUCGAACUGGUGCAUUAUUUCAAGUACUCAUGAAUUACUCGCGUCCUGAUAUGGCAUAAUAUCCCACUUAGAAAUUUCAUCCCUUCUCAAAAGUCGAACAUUUUUUCCUCGGUCAAUUCUUUAACAUUUCGAAAACACUUCUAUUUCAGAAAACUCGGAAUGUCGAAUCUUGGAGCUGAAGAGAGCACGGUGAAGCUCUUCACCUCGGACAAAGAGGUUAUCGAGGUAAAAACUUGCUUUGAAAUUUUUUUUGUAGUCAAUUGUAAACUCGUUUCCAGGUGGAUCGUCGCGUGAUCCUUCAAUCUGAAGUCGUCAAUGAGCUCCUGAAAGACGAGAAGCGUGAUCCAAACGAAUCCAUCGAGGUUGAUGCUACUCUCGCUGACAUGAGAAAGGUUAGAUUUCUUAAUAAUUCAUUCACCAACUUUAGCUGUUUGAUGAAAAUUAAGCCAAUUUGAAACUUGUGUAACAUCAUAUAAACAGAUCGGGACAACUCUUACAGUAGUUUUGUAGGAAAAAGUGUCACCUCAAAGCUCGAAGAAAGAUCUCAACUUCCACAUAACAUAUUUCCUUUUCAGAUCAACGAAUUUUGCACCCAACACGUCGACGAUAAUCCUCAGAGGCCUGAUCGAAACGGCGGAUUCGACGCUGAAUUCGUGAAGAUGCCCCAGAACACUCUGCUCAGCGUGCUGCUCGUGAGUUAUCUUGAUGAACGUCUUUUUAUUGAUAGGUCUCAAUAACUUGAAGUUUUAAAAGAUGGGAAUUGGUUAACUCAUUGUCUGUCAUAUGAUGAAGAAUCACAAAAUCGUUUUUUGAUUAAAAAAAAAAAAACUUAACUAGAUUAGCAUUCUGGUGUUUUUCAGGCCGCGCACAACUUGAAAGUGCAAAAACUGUUUGACCUCUUGUGCAAAGAAGUCGCAAAAAGUCUCAAGGUGAUAAGGGACUGAACAAGCUUUGAAAAAAAGAAGUAAUUCAGGGACUGUCGCCUGACGAGAUUCGUCAUAAAUACAUGAUUCCGUACGACUUCACUCCUGAAGAAGAGCGCCAGAUUCACCAGGAAAACAGCUGGUUCAAAGAAUAACUCAGAUUGAGGACCCAUUUUUCUAUGCUACACAUAUAUCUAUAUAUAUUAUUAAAACCAGUUGUUACCGGUUCGUUCCGCGUGUCCCAAGUUAUAUUCUUUAUUUUAACAUUUUGAAACUGAAAUAAAUUAUUGCAAUCGACAUCAACUUUCAAAGAAAAAAAUGAUUAAUAUUCUUCUAACUCCCUUAAAAUAAUGUUCCAGUUUUGAGUAAAAAUACUUGGAACUUGGACGGACUCUCGCUUGUAGAAAGAUAAUAAAAUAAUUCCAAAUGCAUGAGUUAUAUGAUAGAGAAAGACGGUUUCAAGAAAUCUCCGUCUUGAUUGCCGUUUGACAGUUUGAAAUCGAAGAAACGAUCGGGAAAUGUGAAAAAGUUUAGAUGAAGAUUAGGACUUUUUUCAAAAACAAAAAAAGCGGAAAAAGCGAGUCGAAAAUCAAGCGUCGGAGGACACGAAGAAGGAGAUGAUCGACCUUUUCGACCCCGCGCCAAAAACCCGCGGCGCGAACGCGUUGCCCCUUCCCUCGUCGUGGCCUUUCAGAAACGUUCAUUCUUGUCGUGUGGCUCUUCAUCGAUCGCUCUUCUUGUUCUCAAAAAAGUCACUUCGUUCCAUCAUUUCUCCAAUAAUCAUCAAAGUUUUCAUUUCGCUCCGAUAGGGUUUCGUUAAAUGUCCCGCUCGUUGAAAAAAACGUUAUUAUAUUUUGAAUUUCGUAAAAUUUCGUAUAGAUUUUUUUUCUCUUGUUUUUAGCAGGAUUUGGUAAAUUGUGAGAUGUUGACGUUUUCUGAAGAUUCGACGGACAGGCGUCCUCAAGUCGCAAGUGGUUCUGAUGAAAUCGCCGAUUCUUAUUUUUAAUAAUAACAUUGAGACGCCACCAAAGUUAAUAUCAUAUUUGAAGUUCAUCAUUUUUCACAAAAUCAAAAAGAUACAUCAUUCUGAAUCGUUUGAACCGCUACCCUGGAAAUGAAGGCUCCCAAGAUUAAUUAUACUCACAGGGUUAAGAAAAACUAAUCAUCAAAAAGUGAACGGUUAGAAUUCUGAAUUCUCAGAAAGAAAGAAAAACAACCUUUUACUUUUCAAUUGUGAGAUAUCAGGACACUGCUUUGAAAUGAAUAUAUGACAGAAACUGUAACUCUGAAGACGUGAGAAAAAAUAGCCAGAAGAAGAACCAGUUUGAACAAGAACAAUCUUCAAACUUUUUUGAAAUCCGAAAAAUAUACCUUUCAGAUCGACCAGCUCAUUGCCGAAACGCCUCACGCAAAGUCACACCGCCGAGUCAGUCGUCGCGUUGCCAGCGGGUGUUUGA